AUGGAUCCCUUUACCAGACUUCCCGCCGAGCUGCGUCUGCAGAUAUUCUUACACCUUCUAUCUAAGGCCACUAUCUCGAGCCUCAUCCAAGCCUCUCCAACAAUGCUCGAGCAAUACCUUGGAUACAAAAGCAUAAUAAUACGACAUUUACUCGAGCGCGACUUGGACGACCAGAUGAUUCAAGAUGCUAUGGCAAUUAUCCUUUACCCGUCUCUCCGAAAGGCCCGAAAAUCCAAGCUCUGCUUCGAUGCUCAUUUACUGCAUUGGGAGUGUCAUAAGCUUCGAAAUCCUUUGUUGAUCCACGAUGCCGUUCUCUUGGACCAGCUUGACAAAUUGCAUAGCCUUCUGAUGGUUUUUGUCGAGGAUUACAUCACAAAGGCGACUGCGGACUUCCAACCUCGGGAGUACAUUUGUCUUCCUCAACCUACCCACAGCCAGAGCCAUCUCGUGUUCAAAGGACAAAAGGUGGCAAAGAGAUUUGACUCCUGCAACCUUUCGGAAGGUGAAAGACGACGCUUGUUAAGGGCAUUCUUAAAAGUUGAGCUGGGGUCUCUAAAUAUGAGGACUACGAGCUUCGAGAGCGAUCCUUUUGCCAAACGACGAAUUUUGAGUUACGUGGCCUUUGGGGGCAACAGACGUGACGAGGAGGCGAUUCGCUGUGUUUGGGUGUAUACAUCCUCACUAUAUGGCGCCAUCUUUGCCCAAUGUGCUGAUGCCUGGCUGCCAGUAGCCGAUGCACGACCAGAGACUGGACUUCUAUUCCCUGACAAUGUCUUGGUGGAUCCGAUUGAGUAUGGCAUGGACGUUGGCAUUAAAGGAGAAGAAAAGCGGUCCGCGAUUGAGUCUAUGGCUCAGUACGGCUUCACUUUGAUCUUUACGAUGAUUCGUUUUGCCAUAGCAAAACCACAAUAUACUUCAACUCUCAAAAGCUUUGUUGAAAAGCUGUGUAGCUUCAGAACGGACAUAACUUCAGAAGAUUUAUUCGGAAGAGGAAUGCCAUGGGGAGGCUUACACGGUCUGAGUCACAGUACUGGUUACAGAUACUCGGGUGGUGACCUACUUUUUGACGAGCAGCCGUGGUGGAAAUACCUUGGGACAAAGCUAUAUCUCGAUAAUGGCGGCCCGAUGCAGUACAAGAUAUUCCAACAGCGGGCAUGGCCAAUCUUCGACGACGAUCGCCAUUACCCAGUCAACACCGCUGCGUUGCCAGUAUUACCUACUCCAUAUUUCUUCAAAAAGAUGGCAAGAGAAAUGAUGCCAAGAGAAAGGAUCAAUGACUUCAUGUCCUUCUUCGAGAUUGGCUCCGUUUCAUACGCCCAGUUAGAACGCAGGGCGAGAGAGCUCCGUCGAACCCAAAAGUGGCAGGACAAAAUGAAGCAGAGGCAAGGGAGUGAUUGGAGCACUGAAUCUUCUUUGCCUUGGAUUUCUUUGGGGAAUCAUGAGGUGUCACUGCCAGUGAUUGAGAGUCAGGAGCAGUUGCUGACAUGGAAUUCUCGGGGCGUUGUUCGAUAUGAUGAAUCAAAGGAGGCUUACGUGGUUGUAAAGGAAUGA